AUGGACAAGCUCACCACGUCCGCACCGACCAAGUCUUCCCUUGACUCGUCCAGCCCCCAGGUCCGCGAGGCGAAAUAUGCUUUAGAUGGGUUGGCUAAGACGGCGGAAAAGAACGCGAAGCCCGAGAGGACGAUGGAGAAGGCCCUCGGCGCUCUCAGCGACCCCCUCCCCGACAGCAACGGUUUCAACCUUCUGCUAGAUGGUGUUAACUCUCUUCUCGAGAACUUGCCGUCGCUUGUGAAAGCCCUCGACGAAGUUGCUAAACUUCACCCCUUCGUAUCAGUCGCGGUUGGCGCCUUCAAGAUUGUUAUCGAACUCGAGGUGAAGCGACGAGACAACGACAGGAAGGUCAACCUUCUCUUCCUCGAGAUGAAGAGUAUGAUGUCGACCAUACUCCAGCUCCAAAAUGUACGCGCGAGUCACGUCGCGCGCGACGGUCUAACGGUCGGAAUGCGCUUGGACGGGCUCAUGAAGCAGAUCGCGGAAGAUAUCAAGGAGUGCGCAAACGCGUGCGACACCUACUCAAAGAAGCGUCUGCUUGUCAAGGUCCUCAAGGGCUCGAGCUGGAACGAGAAGCUGCAAGAGUAUGUUCAGCGCUUCAUCGACCGCAAGGCGGAGAUCGCUUUCGCGGUUUCAGUACAUACCGGAAUCGCCAUUGACGGGGCGAACGACAAGCUUGACGGCAUCCUGACGAGAUUGGACGUUAUCGUCGCGUACUUCGACCGUGUUGUCCUGCCAGAUCAACAACCCCUCCUCGAGAUCGUACGGAAGGCCGGAGGCCCAGAGAAAGCACUCGCGGAUCCUUCCACGAUGGAAGACCUGCUCCGCCGCGAGAACCGUAAUGAGGAGGAUCUGACCAACCCCACGUGGCGUCCUGUGCGGACCUCUCUUCCGCAGGCCGGGACAUCGGCUUCACCCUGGAUGUACGACUACUCGCGCUCUGCCGAGGCACACCGUUCGUGCAAACGCUCGGCGGAGAAUCGCGCACGCGUGCACACUCGGGUAUACGCUUCUCCAACAGGUCCGAUGUACUGUCCAGGACAAUCCUCACGCACCCCAGGCGCAUUCGUUGGAUCGCGGGCGUAUGUAAUGCCUACCAGCGGCGCAAACCCCGUUAUGUACAGCAAUGUCGGAGCGCGGGGAUCUUAUGAGAACGUGAGAUCUGGUUCGUACGAUCUUCAUCCGACGCUCUCCUUUACUGGCAUGCUGAUGUCAUGCUCCGGAUAUGUGAUCGUAGGCUCCGAUGGGUGUCCGUCACAAGAGCAAGUGGACUUGCAACAAGAAUUGGCAGAUGCACCGUCAAUUGCGAUCGGGAAGAAUUUUGAAGCUUUUGAGCGCAAGUUCAAGAUUCUGCAACUCAACAUGAUGAGCGAGAUUCGCGAUAUUGUUGCCCAUCAGGGUGACCGCGUCAUCACUUCAGUCCUUGACGGCCCUCACGAGAAGAUCAUUGACCCAGAUCUUUACGAAAUCUGGAAAGAUAUGCGUUGGCGCGGAAUCGUCAAAGCACGUCACCUUGUCCUGGCCAUCCACGACUACUAUAUGCAGAAGUUGGACGAUCUGCAGCGCAUCAUCAAGUCUAAUCGAGAUCGUCCAAUGAACGCGGCUGACGAGUGGACUCUGAACUAUAUCGACUUGAUGCAUAUCCAACCUAUCAUCGAAGCUCUAGAUGAGGACGCCUCGGGGUUCGUUUCCAUUUCCGAAGUUAAUCGAUUUACGAUCUCGCGACCGAAAGGCUGGAGUCUGUUGCGUUGGCUCGCUUAUUGGGCAGUCGGCUGGCAGGUCUCGAUGGCGUCUUACAGGUACAAGAUCACCGCGCUUCUCACACGCAUUUCAGCUACCAUGCGCGAUGUGCGAUCGCUGAACAAUAGCAGCGUGGAGAAGUACUACGAGAACGUCAAACAACUGGUGAACUCAAUGUCCACGUCCUUCCAGCACAACGCCGACCUGCUGCCCCUUUUGCCUCGCUUCCAAGACUGGAUAGAAUUGGAGGAAGAGCGAAUGAGAAAAGCGCUCGAAACAGUCAACUACGAUCUGGACGAGCUCAAUACCGUUGCCCUGGUGAACGGACGGCAAGGUCUAGAGCGGAAUAUCUUUCCCAUCCUGUACUUGCUCCUUUCUCGACACUACGACGUCGUUAAGAUCGCCAAGAGCUACAUUCUGCAUCAAGAGGAGUUUCUGAGCGCCGAAGCCGCUAUUCGGAUGAUUCAUGAGGCGGUAUCGAUGCGCACGAGAGAGCUUUCCGUGUUGUUUUAUCAACGACGUCUCGACGUAAGCCGGGAAAUGGACGAACAUGCUUGCGGUAUCUUGUCGGGUCCGCCCCAUGGCUAUUGUGCUACGGUCCCAAUGAGUGGAGAUGAGGUUUUGGUGCCGGAGAACAACGAUUGUCCAUCGACCAAUAUUCUCAAGUUCCCACCUGCAUUCGAGGAUUUCUACCCCACCAAUGACGAUGGUUUACAUGAUCAGCAAGAUAGAGACGACGUAGCAGAAGCGGUGAAAGCAGUGCUUGGUAGAUGGACAGGUCGCCGUAGUCCUUCGGCGGAACCAAUCACAUCAGGGAUGGUUAGGCCUUGUGACUUCACGUUCCAUACCACAGAUAGCCCGGACGAGUUUACCGCCAUCCCUUUGCUGCAGGCACCAUGGACGCAUCCACGUUCCGAGUUUGUUGGGACUUAUACCAAGGCAGAAGACGGAACUACCACGUACUCCAUCAAACGCGUCAAUCGCUGGAGUGAUUCCUCUCCCGAGUUCUAUUCCCUUGCUCUUUCUCCAGAUGGCGGUACUCUCGUCGGUGUUUGCGGAUCCAACCCCGACCUCACCGGCUUGGUACUUCCUGUUUGCCUGAAGAAAGACUUCGACUACGACAUCAUGGCCUUCUAUCCGACUUCUCAGGACCUCGACAACAACAAGCCUCGCGCGUUAUGGCGCUUCGCCUCCCGAGCGGUCCUUAAUCGUAUCAGGGCACGCAACUUCUCCUGGGAGUACGUCAGGGAUCGAAUGCAAAGGCGCCGAACUCUCGCCGCCUUCAUCUAUCGCAGCAUCCGCGGCCCUCCUCUCCAGCCCUCCGAUGAAAAAAUCCGUCUUUCCCUCGUGAACAGCUCCACGCCAGCCGACCUUCACCUCGCCGCCGCAGUGACCGUAGAUCAGGAGCGGUACCCCAUCCCACUUUUGUUCUGUUCCGGCGCCCCAGCUCGCUGCUCGCGCGUUAUCCCGAACACAGUCCCCCUCAUCACGUCAUUCUCUGAAACCUACUACGACUCGCCCCUCCAUAUCUGCGACGAUUUUGCCUGCCUCUUUGCGACUAUGCAAGAAGACUAUUGGAGUGCGGUCCUCAAGACGCGCCGGCCAGGCUGGACAUCCUCUGCGUUCACCGAACAAGCCUUGGGGAUGUCGAUCCGAGACCUCGGGAGUCGCACGGCGCACCUCAAGAUGCAGUUUGCCCGCGCCACCGCACCUCGAUUCCCUCAACCCGAACCGUACUUCGCGGAGUCUUCCCUAGGAGAGAAUGCCUGUGGCGUGCGGCCCCUCAACUCGCCUCAGUCAGGCCUGUCGACCAUCAGCGAACGCUCUGGGCCGGACGACGACGAGGUACCGCGACGGUCGUGUGAGGAGGAGCUUGGCGUGCCGAACGAUCGACUCAGUCGCGUACGCCGUCAGGAAUCGCUCGACUCCCAGAGUCACCGAGGAGUGUCUCUCGAUGAUCAGUUCCCCGCGCGCCCAACCUGCUUGGGAUGUGCGUCUGAGGUUUCAUCUCCGUGCUGGAUGUGUGCUGAGUGCCAAGGUCACAUUUUCGUUUGCUAUGCCUGCGACGCGCGCGAGCGUGACGGCGUCUUCGGAGGCGCGCACAAGGGCACGCACGCUUUGUUGAACAUCUCCCCCACCCCCAUCGCCUACGGGUACGUUCCCUACAGCUCCGGAUGGAACUGGAACGACAGUGGCCCCCCCGACUCGCCUCCCAAUUCCCAUGCUCCUUCAGCAUGGCAGCAGUGCUAUGACAUGGCCUUGAGGCCCUCGACCGAUCCGUUUCAUACAUGGCAGCAGUACUAG